AUGACAAAAGAAAAAAAGUCAAAGUCAGCAAAGGCCAAAAAAAGUCACAAGAGCAAGCAUAAGAAGGAACCUUUUCUUGAUGAAGUUCCUACACGAAUUAGGCUUUCACUAAAAAAGAACGCCGAUACAGGCAAGAGCAAGUCAAAAUCGAAGCGUUCAGAAGUUUCUGAAGAUGCUCCUGAAGGAAAUGAAUUUGACGCAGAGAUGCGUGAUGCAGUAGAUAAUUAUGAUUAUGAACAAGAAGCUAUAAUGGAUAGUAAUGACUCCACCCUUAAUAUUGACUCCGAGGAGACCGGUAAUGCUAAAAUAGAUACAUCCAAAUCUUCAGCGGCGGUUAACACAAACAAGAUGAUCUUGAAGCUAAAAUUCAACCUAGAUUCACCCCCUAUCACAAAGAAGCAUAAGCACAAACACAAACAUCAUAGGGAACAAGGUGAAAGCUCUUCACAUUCACGCAAAAAAGUUAUUGGUAAACGUACGAAGCGAGAUUCUUCGAAUGAAGACUCUGAUAAAAAUGGGGAUUUAUUCAACACAGAUGAUAAUGAAUCUUCUCAUGCACGAAAAAAAGCGAAACGCCAUCAUGUGGACACUGAUGUGAACAUUGAGAUUAAUGGUGAAAGUAGAAGUGUUGAAACAUGUGGCGAUAGUGUUAACCGACAUGCGACUGAUAAAGCAACGAUUAAGACUAAUGUGAAUCAAUCAUAUGCUGAUAAUACCGAUCAGAAUUUAAUUAGAGGCGCUGUUGAAAACUGUUCGACAGAUGUUGGUUAUAUAUCGGCUCGCGAUAAGAAAGGAAAGACUGCUUUAAAGGGUGUUAUAAAUAAGGUCAAAGUUGAAAAGAGUCAAACUUCAAAUGAUGUUAAAAGCAAGGAAAUCUCACAAUAUGAUAAUAAUGGUAGUAAAUUAAUUGAUGAUGAGAGUGAGAAUCCUAUAAAAAAUGAAAUAGACAGAAAAAGUACUUUAGACGAUAAUGUUAUAAAAGGAAUCAAUAGUGAUUCGAAAGAAAUAUUGAUGCCUGAACUCACAACUAACACAUCUUCAUAUUCGCUUCGUGAAAAACGGUCAUACCCACCGGUCACUGAGGAUGUCAAAGUAAAAGCUGAUGAACGUAGUUUAUCUAAAUCAGUUAAAAAUACGAAAGCGUUUCGUCAAGACCAAGCUUCUUCGGGAAUUAUUUUGAACACAAUAAAUGUAGAUUCAUCUAUCACGAACGAAACCAAACUAUCAAUACCACCUUUUCAAGAAACAAAAAAAUUGACGACAUCAAAUCUAGGUGAUGCACCGGACGGCAUUACCACUUCUGGCAUUGUCACAAAAGAAGAUACGAUCAUUUCAUCGUCCGUUGGCAAAAAAGGGCCAGCACGCAAACUUGGAAGACCUCCAAAAUCGCAAGAAUCUCAGCAUGCGUACGGUUUCUUUUUAGAACCAGUUGACACUACUAUCGUAACAGAUUAUCUUACAAUUAUUCAAAAGCCGAUGGAUUUUGGAACGAUGCGACAAAAAAUAGAACGAAAUGAAUAUUCUUCCAUCGACGAAUUCAAGGAAGAUUUUACUCUUGUAUGUAAUAACUGCAAGACGUAUAAUGCACCAGAAACACUUUAUUAUAAAAGUGCGGACAAGCUAUGGCAAUUUGGUGAAAAGGCAAUAGAACGUGAAAGAGAUAGCAUUAUUUUGGAGGAGGAGAGAAUGAAGGCAAUAGGAAUAGCUGAAAGGGCAGAUAUCGGAAUUCGCGGAAAAAGGGCUGCAAAUGUUGCACAAGGUGCCAUAUCUGGUAGAGCAUCAUCUGUUCCGAGGCCAGGUAGGCAAGUUCGGAAACAAAGAAGAGGGGAGGCACGUAAACAAUUUGCACCAGAUGGUUCACUAAUGCACAAUGAUCCGUUUACCUUAAUUCCACAACCGCCGCCUUUUGGUGAGACACCACUUCUUACAGUUAUAUCAUCUAAAACUCAACGUCAAGCACGCUUUGAGGAUUAUGGACCAUUUGCUACAUUGGGAGUUGAUCCACCUUUUUUUACGCCAGCCGAUAAAGAUUACCUUUACAAUAUAUUUGGAGAUGAAAAGGGAUAUGCAUAUGCUAAAAGCCUUAAAGCGUUCGUGACGGAUAUGGGCGAAGACAUGAAUAUGCAUGUGGAUAAGAUUAUAGAUAGUUUGACUUUUGGUGUUCAUAGCCUUGAUCGACAAGUAUCGCGUAUAUUGUCUAAUUUAGAUCCCAAUAGUCCCAUUGAUACCUCUGUCAUUAUUCAAACCGAACUUGGACCUAUAAAUGUGGGUGAAGAAAUUCAACGAAGCCAACAGCUUUCAGAAAUCAAGAAGAAGCAAGCUGAACUAGAUGUGUGGCAAAAAGAUAAGAUUGAUUUAGACUUUUUUGUUAGCGAUCAAGAGAUAAUGGCUAUGACGAAAUCGAUGGGGAAUGAUCAGCAAAGUUUUCAAAAGAUGUUAGAUCUUAAUGCUCAGAAUUUAAAUGAAUUGAUCAAAGUUAAGCAAGGUGUUGGUACUUUGGAGUCACAACAAAAAGAAAAACAACUUUCUUCUGAGGUCAAUAUUCGACUUUUUAAUCUUGUCCAGCAUGUUCCAAAGAAUGAAAUAUCUUCAAGUACAGCUUCCCCAUUGCAAUCAAACAUAACGUCCAAGAUACAGCCAUUUACGCAAGAACAAAUUCGUCCACAAGCCCAUUUGCAAGUACAAUCAUGUACGUCUGACCAAACGUCCAUGGAUACCCAAACGACUAUGUCGUCGUUUUCGUCAACACAGCCGCAAAUAUUACCAAAACGUACUGUUAGUAUUAAUUCCACACCAGCCUCAAUUUUGCCUAACAUAGAGCAAAAUGACCCGAUAAGCGCGUUAGCUCCUGCCUCUAUUUUACACGAUAGCGCAUCCAAUGCCAUGACCUCUAUUAGAAUGCCUGGAAGAUGUGCUAAUUGUCAGACUACCGAUACUCCAGGUUGGAGGGCAGGUGAAACACCUGACCAAAAACUCUGCAACGGUAUUUAUUAUAAAACCGAUAUUUCUUCUUCAUGCAAUGCAUUUGCGAUAAAUAAACCUCGUGGAAAAACAUCUACAGAAGUUUUAAAUACUCUCAAAGAUUUUUUUCGAAAUAAAUCAAAUUCAAUAUUUAUUAAGAAAUUAAAAUUAGGACAUGGCGGCACAUUAGAUCCAUUAGCAACUGGUGUACUGGUGAUUGGUGUAAAUGACGGGUGUAAGGAAUUGCACAAAUAUAUCGGUUGCAAUAAGGUUUAUUCAGCAACUGGAUUGUUUGGUUUCGCAACAGAUAGUUACGAUUCUUAUGGAAAACUCUCAAAAAUUGCACCAGUUAAGCAUAUAACCAAAGAGAUGUUAACAUUUACAUUACAAAAAUUUACAGGAAACAUUUUACAAAAGCCACCUCUGUAUUCUGCUUUGCGAAUGGAUGGACGACGCCUUUAUGAUUACGCACGUAAAGGAAUUGCACUUCCGAAAAACAUUGAACCUCGCGAAGUCAAGAUUCAUUCAUUGUCAUUAUUAGAUUUUACUAUUAAUCACGAUUAUAAACCUCCGACAAUAACUACCACGAUACUUCUCGAAACGCCGAAAAUAACCAAAAAUAGUUCAAUCAAAUCAAUAGACACAAUAAUUAAUGAAAAUUCAAUUACAGAAAAUUUUCUAUUGGACAAUCCAAUUUUUAAAAUUCAUGUUAAGUGCGGAAAAGGAACAUAUAUUCGGUCAUUAGUACAUGAUAUCGGAAUAGAACUUAAUAGUGCAGCACAUGUUGUGGAAUUGGUAAGAUUACAACAGGGAGACUUACAGUUACAUAGAGACACAGUUGAAUUGGGUGAAUGUUCUGAUUUGAAUAACAUUAUUAACGCCAUGGAAAAAAUCAAAUUAAAUCGUAGCAGCUCUGAUAUAAUAAAAUAA